AUGAAAGGAAUAGUUUAUAAGAGUUGUGUAAGAUCAGCAUUGCUGUAUGGGAGCGAGACAUGGUGUUUGAGUGAAAAUGAGCUGGGUAUUUUAAGGAGGACGGAGAGAGCGAUGGUGAGAGUGAUGUGUGGGGUGAAGUUGAUGGACAGAAAGUUAACUGAGGACUUGAUGCAGAUGUUGGGUUUGAAGGAAGCGGUAGAUCGGUUGGCGAAGGCAAAUGGGGUACGUUGGUAUGGGCAUGUGCUGAGGAGGGAGGAUGGGCAUGUAUUAAGAAGGGCCUUUGAUGUAGAGGUGAGUGGUCCAAGGAAAAGGGGAAGGCCAAAGAAGACGUGGAAGAUGCAAGUGGAGGAGGAGAGUGGGAAGGUUGGGAUGAGGAUGAGGGAUGCUUUAAAUCGUGCAAAGUGGAGGGAGGGG